UGUGAUUUUAAUUAAUACAAUAAAAGGAGGAGCGUUGAUUUCAGAGAGAAGCGGUGCAGAAAGCAAAGUUAGUUGAGUACAGUAGAGAUUGUGGUGGCGGAGAGAGGAGCGGAGAAUCCAUAGAGAUGUCUGGUAUCGCUCGUGGACGCCUUGCUGAGGAGCGCAAGUCAUGGCGGAAGAACCAUCCCCAUGGUUUCGUUGCCAAGCCCGAGACUCUCCCCGAUGGCACCGUCAAUUUGAUGGUCUGGCAUUGCACGAUUCCCGGCAAGUCUGGGACUGAUUGGGAGGGUGGAUUUUUCCCACUUACAAUGCACUUCAGUGAAGAUUACCCUAGCAAGCCUCCAAAGUGUAAAUUCCCUCAAGGUUUCUUUCACCCUAAUGUGUAUCCAUCUGGAACUGUUUGCUUGUCCAUACUUAAUGAAGAUAGUGGGUGGAGACCUGCUAUAACAGUGAAGCAAAUUCUUGUGGGCAUACAAGACCUGCUUGAUCAACCAAAUCCUGCUGACCCUGCCCAGACAGAGGGUUAUCAUCUAUUCAUCCAGGAUGCAACUGAGUAUAAGAGAAGGGUCCGGCAGCAAGCAAAGCAAUAUCCACCUCUUGUCUAGUGCUAUAUGUUCUCACUUUAGGAACUAUUUUAGUAUGUUAGUUGUUGUCAUCUCUUUCUCGUUCCGUGUUAAAACUGUUGUGAUUGUCGGCUGCCAUAAUGUGCAGAGUCCAUGGUUUUUUAACUAUUUCUGAUUACUCUCAGGUCUGGAUAACAUGUUAAUAUAUAACAUUGUGAAAGUCAACGAAUAAUACUUGUUGGCGACACUUGCUGAGCCUGAUGUUCGCUGGUACAUUUCUAUAUGAAUGGAUCUGUGAUUUGUUAUGAUA